AUGUUAAAAAACGGUCUUGGUCGAACAGGGGUGUUGAUAGCCUGUUACCUGGUGUACUCUAUGCGGGUGAGGGCUAACGAUGCCAUCCGCCUGGUGAGGAAGAAGAGACCUAAGUCUGUACAGACGUCAGGCCAAAUCCUUUGUGUUCAGCAAUUUGAACACUAUCUACUACCACAGACGGUUGUCUUUAGUUCUAAGGAAACCCUCAAUUUAACCAAAGAUAAGAUGACAUCAGAAUUCACUUUAAAACAAUACCUGUAUCGCCAGCGAGCAACUCUUCACGGUCUUGAAGAAAGAGCUUUUAGAGAACUGCCUAAGAUAGUCUACUGCCUCUGUGAACGACUCCUCAAACUCUGCGGUUGCCAUCAAAGCGCUGGGAUGGACUUCCGCGUGAAAAACAAGCCGUUUUACAAAAGCUUCAUGGUGUACCGAAUUCGGAAGAGCAAGCCUCCUGACCCCACAACUCCCGAAGAAGUCGUCAAUGAACUUGAUAACGGAACCGCAUUGCCAAUGGUGGAAUGGCGUGACCCAGUAGAGGAAGACAUCGAAAGAAACUUGGAGACAGUGACAAGGAUCACAGGCACCUCAUCCAAUGGUAGUAUACCAGCUGUUCAAAUACAUGAGGCGUUCACCGUAGACCAUGGCUGUCUUCCAGGUGAUAGGAUGAAGUACCUUAAAGAUUUACGUAACGAUAUUAACCAAAGGACGGAAGCCUUCGAGAAAAUUAAUAAAGAGGUAGGUGAGAGGGUAAAAGGCAAUUUAGAGUUUGAUCUCUGUGUAUAUCAAUUGCUAGUCACAAUGACUUUAAUAUCAGACCAGCGUUUCUCCACAGUUUUAGGUUACAACUUUACAUGA